CACCUUGCUUGUCAAGGUCUCCCAGGGUCAUAAAUACCAAACAGGUACAAACAAACUACCCAGCGGCCAUGGGGGUCUUUUCUUGCAUAUCGCGCACGCGAGCAAGCAAGCAUGAACAAACAAACUUUCCAGGGGCCAUGGGGCUCUUUUCUUGCAUAUCGUGCACGCGAGCGGGCAAGCAUGUACAAACUUUCUACGGAUGCAUAUGGUGCACGCGAGCGAGCAAACCGGUGCAAACAAUUGGUCUUUUCAAAACAUGA